GCACCACCUGGGUCAGCGAGAUUGUGGACAUGAUCCUGAAAGGCGGCGACCCUGAAAAAUGCAAGCAGGAUGCCAUCGUCAACCGGGUGCCCAUGCUGGAAUUUGCUGCUCCCGGGAAGAUGCCGGCAGGCACGGAGCAGCUGGAGGCCAUGGCAUCCCCUCGCAUCAUCAAGACCCACAUUCCAGCUCACAUCUUGCCCAAAACUUUCUGGGAAAACCACUGCAAGAUGAUCUACGUGGGGCGCAACGCCAAGGACGUGGCUGUCUCCUUCUACCACUUUGACCUGAUGAACAAGCUGCACCAACACCCUGGGACGUGGGCCCAGUACCUGGAGUUGUUCAUGGCUGGCAGAGUGGCAUAUGGGUCCUGGUAUGACCACGUCAAGGACUACUGGGAGCGGAGAAAGGAUCACCCCAUCCUCUACCUCUUCUAUGAGGACUUGAAGGAGGACCUCCGCCGGGAGAUUGCCAAGGUGGCCCAGUUCCUGGGGCGGGAGCUGCCAGAGGCGGCGCUGGAUGCCAUCACCCAACACACCUCCUUCGAGACCAUGCGGGACAACCCCACCACCAACUACAGCAUGGUGCCCUCCCACCUCAUGGACCAGGGCAUCUCCCCCUUCAUGCGCAAAGGCACCACCGGAGACUGGAAGAACCACUUCACCGUGGCCCAG